AUGACGCCAAGUCCCUUAUCUUCCUGGACACCCACCACAAUGAGCAAUACCAUCUCAUUCGACGAAGAAGUACGAUUAUACAGCACGAACGCUGAAAGAGAGAAAUUCAAUACGCUGGCGACUCUCUACGGCAUCAUCGUUGCUCUGAACUAUCUGGAGCAAGCCUAUGUUCGAGAUUCCAUCACGGCUGCAGAAUAUUCGCCAGCAUGCACUCGUUUACUUUCGCAGUACAAGACCAUGUUGAAACUUGUGGCAUCUGACGUACCAAACAUCGAGGACUUCAUGAAGCGAUAUCGGAUGGACCACCCUGCGGCGUUGCAUAGACUGAAGGUUGGCGUACCAGCGACCGUCGAACAUUCGAGCGAAGCAGGACCAGAAACAGGCAAAUGGAUUGCAGAAACUACCCAGAGUUUCAUCACCUUCAUGGAUGGUCUUCGAUUACGCAUGCGCGCGAAAGAUCAGUUGCAUCCGAUGCUUCAAGAGUUGGUCACUGGCUAUGCUCGAUUCAAAGGAAGCAAGGAUUGGGAGGGCCGCAGUCGGAUGGUUUCCUGGCUCAUCACACUCAACGGGAUGAAGGCGUCGGAAGAACUCACAGAGGAGCAAUCUCGCCAACUUAUCUUCGACGUCGAGCAUGCCUAUGCAGAGUUCUUUCGCAGUUUGGGAGGGGAGAAGGACUCGGUUUCUUGA